AUGACAACUCCGCCCUUCAUGCCCCCACCAUUUCUGGAUAUUGUGAUUGCAGUAAUAUUUGGAAAGGCAGGGGGAGAAGGUGGAAUAAGAGAUGUGGUGAUGGGAGCAGGAGACGCCACCAAAAGUGGAGGGGGAUUUAACAAGGAUGGAGCCUGGGAAGAAGCAAGUGGUGGUAGAGGAGGUAAUGCAGGAGAGGAAGGGCCGGUGAGCGGUGACUUUAUAGUGGGAGGAGGUGAAGAAACUGAGGUAGGUGGUGAUGGGGCUGCAAGUGGCAAAAGAGGAAAGGGUGAAAGAGCUGGAGAGGGAGGUGCUGUGCCAAAGGGAGGGAAAGGUGAUCCUUGGGAGGGAGGAGGGGGUGAUAAGUUUACAGAUGGAGGGGGGCAGUGGUGGUGGCGGUGGUAG